UUUGUUGUUUUAUUUUAGUGUUCUCACUUGAGCUCAUAGGUGUUUGAGUAUUUUUAGUUUCGUCAAGACCAAACUUUUUUCUCCCUUUCUUUUUAACUUCCUUUUCAUUUUCACAUAGUUUUAAGCAUUGUUCUUUAAAAAUGGGUUCCAAGGUCUUGCUUAUGUUCAUGCCUUUAGCCUUAGCAAUGGUGGCUAACUCUUCCACCACCACAGCCACAUUCAACAAGACCCUUGCCCAUUUUGGAACCGGUGUCGGAGCCUUGUGGACCCGCAACAUUGAAGAUAACGAGACCGAGAUGAUGAUGAUGAUGAAGGAUUCCGAGACCAAUCGCCUGUUGCUCAACGGUGAGAAACGAAGGUACAUUAGCUAUAUAUCACUUCACCAGAUUUUGAUCCCAUGUGACCAACGGGGUCAGUGCUACUGCGCUUGCCAAAGAGGGAAACCGGCUAAUUAAAUACAACCCUGGUUGUUCUAUCAAACGUUACAAAAGGUUUACUUAGUUAAGGAUAUGAAACCGAUGUUUGUAGCUUUGUCUUUACAAAAUCCUAACAUCAUACGCUACCACCACCCCAUUAUUUACUACAAAAGGUUACAAAUCAUCAUCAACUAUUCGAAUUAUGAUAAUUGAUUACCCAACCAUUACUAUAAUAACGGCACAUAAUAGUCGAGUUAUCAUUUUGUAAUGAUCCGAUAAUGUUAUUGUUAAUUUUAAACAAUUCUAAAAGUUCAAUGACUUAAAAAUA